AUGAUAAACAUGCAGGAUACCAAUCAGAGAUUGAAGAAUCUAUCCUUUCAGAUGGAAAUGAUGCAAGAACAAAUCAUGGAUAUUCAAGCCAACAUUCAAUCCACUCACGGAAAACAAGAAAAUAAUUCAAAUACAUUUGAGGAAGUCGGAAAGAUUGUUGAAGAAGGUGUUGAUGAUACCGAGGAAGACAUAAUACUAGAAGAAUGUAGCACCAUGAAAAUGGUGGAAGAAUUAGAGCCACUACAUCCAGAAGAAUUUCCUCAAGAACGGCCAUAUACUGAAGAGGCCGAAACUGUUGAAAAUGAAGAAGUGAUGGAGGUGACAGAGAAAGAGGAUCGGAUACUAAUCAAGGAAGAAUCAAUGGAAGAAAAGGGGAAGAAAGUGAACAAGGUGGAGAUUGAUCGGAUCAUAGAUGAGAUUUGUGCCUUGUUCAAUAAACCAAAGUUAGGGAGGAUAUGGACUCCACAUCAAUUAUAUUUCAAAUUCAUGGAAUUCCUCCCAACACGCAGGAUUGAAAAAGAUGAUGUGUUGUCCGUUUCAUUUUGGCCACCCUAACGAAAAAGGCGUCGAGCUAACGACGUUAA